AUGGAACAAUCAAAACUGCCUACUUUUCUAUUACCUGGCUAUGAUUUGAACGAUUCCAAAUCCCCGGAUCGCUGGAGUCUUGACAGUGGCUUUACCGCCUCGUCCUCAACCCUUGCCUCACUUCCAAAAUGUCGGACAACAGUCGCGAGAUUGGUAGGAAAAGAUGGCCAAGUGAUGCCCAGUCCGCAAAAAUUGCCACAGAAAUUGCAAAUUUUCUUCAGAAAUUGGUUCCUCUUGGCAAUCGAGCGAAAAUGGAAAACGAUUUUACUCAUUUUCUUUACGGCUUUCUUCGUCUCUUGGUCGAUUUUUGCUUUUCUUUAUUUUUUGAUCUCCGAAUGGGGUAGACCAAAACAGUGCAUCUCAAAUCAUGGACACCGUGAAUUGAUCGGCAUCAAGGAUAUGAAUGUCGGCUACGAUCAUGGAUGGGAUCGAGUGUUGCUCUUGUGGCCAGUGAUCAUUCGACAUAUCAUCGAUGAACAAAGCCCACUUUUUGGAGUCACCAAAGAAACUUUAGGGAGUUUGGAGUUCGAAAUUAUUGUGACAGUUGAGGGAAAUGUGGAGUCAACAGGCAUGACUUUUCAGCGAAGAACCUCAUUUCGACCGGAUGAGAUCAAAUGGGGAUACAGGUAUCCC